CUUCCUCUGGUUUCUGGCAGAAAUCCUAUGGUUAUCCCUGGGAACGCAGAUCACCUACAUCGGACUUCAAUUCAUCACCUUCCUCCUGCUACUAACGGACUUGCUACUUACUGCGAACCCUGCCUGUGGGCUCAAACUGAGCGCCUUUGCUGCUGUUUCCUCUGUGCUGUCAGGUCUCUUGGGGAUGGUGGCCCACAUGAUGUAUUCACAAGUCUUUCAGGCGACUGCCAACUUGGGUCCGGAAGACUGGAGACCACAUGUUUGGAAUUAUGGCUGGGCCUUCUACAUGGCCUGGCUCUCCUUCACCUGCUGCAUGGCGUCAGCUGUCACCACCUUCAACACGUACACCAGGAUGGUGCUGGAGUUCAAGCGCAAACAUAGUAAGAGCUUCAAGGAACCCCCGAACUGCCUACCACAUCACCACCGGUGUUUCCCUCGGCAGCUGUCAAGUGCAGCCCCCACCACGGGUCCUUUGACCAGCUACCACCAGUAUCAUAAUCAGCCCAUCCACUCUGUCUCUGAGGGAGUCGAAUUCUACUCUGAGCUGCAGAACAAGGGAUUUCAACGAGGGGCCAGCCAGGAGCUGAAAGAAGCAGUUAGGUCAUCUGUAGAGGAAGAGCAGUGUUAGGAGUUAAGCGGGUUUGGGGAGUAGGCUUGAGCCCUACCUUACACGUCUGCUGAUUAUCAACAUGUGCUUAAGCCAA